CCUAACCGUUUGAUUUAUAUAAAUGCAGCUUUGCAAGUCACAAAUGCAAAUAUUUCAGCUUUGCUUACAUAUUAAGAGGAAAGAGCAAGCGACAUACUCGAUCAAAAAGGAUUUGUAGAAUAUAGUAUUAAGGUUAUGGCGGAGGAGUAUCAGGGCGGGAUUUGCGGUGGCAACUGGUGGAGCAGUGCAUCAAGACAUGCACUCGCGGCGGCCUCGCCGUGUUCAGUAGGUUUCACUGAUCAUAUGGGGAGCUUUGGCUGCCCCAACGACAUGGACAUGAUCAAGUCAAGGUCUACUACUUGCGGCGGUGAGAAUAAUGCUAACUCAUCAGAUGUAGUACUCUCGGUUAAUAUGGAUCAUGAUCAAGAUCAUAUUCAAAAUCCUCAUGAGAAUUCUGAUAUUUCUGGUACUGAUGAUUCAACCUUGCAAAUGAUAGGUUUUGGUCUUAAUUCAUCGUCGUCCACACUGCCCUCAGAUUUGAACCAAGCGUUUCUCCUUCGCAGUAGUAGUGGAAGAGGUGAGGGCAACUUCCAUAAUUCUAUGUUCCCCGAGGAAAUGAGUUCUUUCAAGCAACCUAUGAAUAAUCAAGAUUUUACAUUAGAUCUUAGCAGCUCCUCUUCUGGGUUUCCUAUAACCUCCUCAUCAGCUAAUAAUUCUUACGGCAAUAGCGGCUUCCCUUCCCAAUUGUUGCAAAGUUUAUAUGAUCCGGAAGAAGUAGUAGUAUCUCAACCGCAGGUUCAAUCCCUAUUCAACAACGGCUCGUCAUCCAUGAGUUAUUCUUCAGCUGAAAACUAUGGCACACUUGGUUCAAAUGAUUUGUUAUCAUCACCAGCUUCUAGUACAACUUGUUGGCCUAGGUACUCUCCCAGAUGCCUAAGACCUUCACUACAGCCAAGGCAACAACAACAACCCGGAGGCAGCACUGGCGGUGGAUUGCACUUUUCGAAUAUCAAUACACCCUUCUGGAAUGCUCCCCCGGCCGCUCUAAACCAUGACAUCCGAUCAACUGGUCUUUUUACCUCACUCUCACAGUCGCCAUAUACAGCACCUACUGCAGCAAUUUAUGAUGAACAUAAACCCAUUGCUUCCAGUAACUUUACUAAGCCCAACACGAAUGAAGAUGUUCAGGACUCGAGCUCCAGUACCGUCAAGAAAAGCGGCAGCAGCUUCUGUAGUAGUACUGAACCAGUAUUCAAAAGAGCUCGGAUUGAAACACCUUCACCAUUGCCAACUUUUAAGGUCCGGAAAGAGAAGCUAGGGGACCGGAUUACAGCUCUCCAGCAAUUGGUUUCGCCUUUCGGAAAGACUGAUACAGCUUCUGUUCUCCACGAAGCUAUUGUGUACAUCAAAUUCCUCCACGAUCAAGUCGGUGUUUUAAGUACUCCAUAUAUGAAAAAUGGAGCUCCCAUGCAACACCAACAGGGUUGUGAUAAAUUGAAAGAUACGGAACAAGGAGGAAAACAAGAUCUAAAGAGCCGAGGAUUGUGCUUGGUUCCAAUUUCAAGUACAUUCCCUGUUGCUAAUGAGACCACGGCUGACUUUUGGACUCCGACAUUCGGAGCAACGUCUUUCAGGUGAUCUAUCUCAUGUACGUUAUCCGAUCCAGAAGUGGCCGUAGGAGCCUACUACUGUUGAGUCGCCAAUUUAAUUGUUAGGGAAAUUGCUGCAUGUGUUGUAAGUAAUUAAAAACCAGAGACUGGAUAUCAAUGAUAUUCAGAGCUGAGAGUACUUAAUUAGUUAGAUCAGGUGGGGGUUUGGAACAGGAACAGGUGCUAAAUUUAGCGGAAGGUGUUGACAUUAGUUUAAUUAGUAGUUGUUAAUUAUUGUUAACAAUAGCUGAAUUUAGCAGAUGGGGUUCGAUAAACUGCCCUUUUUGUUCCUGUUCAUGUAUUAAGUUGUCAGCUAGCUAGGGCUGGCAGCACCACCUUUUAAUUAUUAUCUCAGAAAAUAAAAUAAAAUAUCAAAUAUACUAAGAGAUUAUUGUGGA